UACAUGAAGUGCAAGAUCUGAACCUGCUAUGACUGACCCAGACGUCCUCACUGAGGUCCCAGCAGCUCUCAAACGCCUUGCCAAAUAUGUGGUGCGUGGCUUUUAUGGCAUUGAACAUGCUUUGGCUCUGGACAUCCUCAUCAGGAACCCCUGCGUGAAGGAAGAGGACAUGUUGGAGCUCCUGAAGUUUGAUAGGAAGCAGUUGCGGGCUGUCCUCAACACCCUCAAGGGUGACAAGUUCAUCAAAUGCAGAAUGAGGGUAGAGACAGCUCCAGAUGGCAAAACCACCCGUCAUAACUACUACUUCAUCAACUACCGCCUUCUGGUUAAUGUGGUGAAAUACAAGCUGGACCACAUGAGGAGGAGGAUUGAGACGGAUGAAAGAGACUCCACCAAUCGUGCUUCUUUUAAAUGCCCCAUUUGCUUCAGCACAUUCACAGACUUGGAAGCCAACCAGCUGUUUGACCCCAGGACAG